AUGGCAGCGGUGGCGGCGCCCGGUGUGGCGCCGGUUCGAGCCCGGUUCCUCACCUCCAAAGAGCAGUUCCACGCCUACCUGCGGGCAGGAGGCGAGGAGGGGGAGGAAAAAGAGGAGAAGAAGGAAGAGGAGCAGGUCAGCGAACCCCCAGCCAAGAGAGUGAAGGCAGAGGAGCUCGGCCAGGAUGGGGAAAGCCAAGGGAAUGCUGGAGAGGAGGAGAAGGAGCGCCAGGAGAAGAAGAGAGCCCGGGGGCAGAACAAGAGCCGCCCCUGCAUGAAACCCAACUGCUACGAGCAGAGCAGGCUGUGCCCCUCGGUGACACAGGGCUGUGCCGGGCAGUGCCACUUUGGGCCGCGCUGCCGCUUCCUCCACGACGUGUCCCAGUACCUGGCGGCCAAACCUGCAGACCUGGGCCAGCGCUGCGUCCUCUUCGACACCUUCGGCCGCUGUCCCUACGGUGUCACCUGCCGCUUCGGCCAGGCCCACCUCGGGGACGGCCACCAGAACCUGGUCAAUGCUUCCCUGGUGCAGCAGUGGGAGGGGAAGCUGCUGGUGAGGAACGGCCUCUCCAAGGAGCUGCAGCAGCAGCUGCGCAAGAGGAAGUUCAGCUUCCACAAGGCCGAGGAGUUUCUGCGUGGGCUCCGUGCUGGGAAGGGAGGCAAAGCCACGGGGAGCUCCACGGAGGUGUCCAACUGCACUGAUCCCCAGGAGGGCCUGAGAGACAGCCCCGUGCUGCAGGAGCAGGGAGAGGAUCCCAGACCUGAGGCCCUGCAGGGCUCCAGAGGAGCUGAGGAUGCUCCCAAAUCUGAGGUCCUGCAGGGCUCCAGAGGAGCUGAGGAUGCUCCCAAAUCUGAGGUUCUGCAGAGCUCCCAAGGAGCUGAGGAUGCUGCCAAACCUGAGGUCCUGCAGAGCUCCAGAGGAGCUGAAGAUGCUCCCAGACCUGAGGUCCUGCAGAGCUCCCAAAGGGCUGAAGGUGCUCCCUCCAUCCCAACCCUGGGCCCACUGACAGAUGAAGACAUCACAAAGCUGCGGCCGUGUGAGAAGAAGAAGCUGGAAAUCCAGGGCAAGCUGUACCUGGCUCCACUGACCACGUGUGGAAACCUCCCCUUCCGGCGGAUCUGCAAAGCUUUUGGGGCAGAUGUCACCUGUGGGGAGAUGGCUGUGUGCACCAACCUGCUCCAGGGCCAGUCCUCCGAGUGGGCUCUGCUCAAACGCCACCACACCGAGGACAUCUUCGGGGUGCAGCUGGAGGGAGCCUUUCCAGACACCAUGACCAAGUGUGCAGAGCUCCUGAACAGGACAAUCGAUGUGGAUUUUGUUGACAUCAACGUCGGCUGUCCCAUCGACCUGGUCUACAAGAAGGGAGGAGGCUGUGCUCUGAUGACUCGCUCCAACAAGUUCGAGCAGAUCGUCCGCGGGAUGAACUCGGUGCUGGAUGUGCCCCUGACGGUGAAGAUCCGCACUGGGGUGCAGGAGAAGGUUAAUGUGGCUCACAAAAUCAUCCCCAGGAUCCGGGAGUGGGGCGCGUCCAUGGUCACGCUGCACGGGCGCUCGCGGGAGCAGCGCUACACGCGCAGCGCAGACUGGGCUUACAUCGCCGAGUGCGCCCGCCUGGCCAGCCCCAUGCCUCUCUUCGGAAAUGGGGAUAUUUUGUCCUAUGAAGAUGCAAAUCGAGCCAUGCAGAUGGGAGUUUCUGGAAUCAUGAUUGCAAGAGGGGCACUCAUCAAACCCUGGCUUUUCACGGAAAUCAAGGAGCAGAGACACUGGGAUAUCUCCUCCAGAGAGAGAUUUGACAUCCUCAAGGACUUCACCAACUACGGCCUCGAGCACUGGGGCUCAGACACUCAGGGAGUGGAGAAAACCAGGAAAUUCCUGCUGGAGUGGCUCUCCUUCCUGUGCAGGUACAUCCCGGUUGGGUUAUUGGAACAUCUACCUCAGAAAAUCAACGAGCGGCCGCCCUAUUACCUGGGGAGGGACUACCUGGAGACCCUCAUGGCCAGCCAGAACGUGGAUGAUUGGAUCAAAAUUAGUGAGCUGCUCCUGGGCCCCGUCCCGCCCAGCUUCACCUUCCUGCCAAAGCACAAAGCCAAUUCCUACAGAUAGGGCUGGCCAGGCCCUGUCCCUCGGCAUUAGGAGGAGUUUGGAUGGGCUGUGAGGAGGAGCAGGGCUCCUGGCAGUUGGAAUAAAGCUGAUGUUUUUAGAA